GAAACUAGCACUGACAAUCAGACAGCGAGAACUAGCAGACGGUAGAGAGGAAGAAAUGGAGGAAAGUGACUACGUUUCAGAAUCAACUCCGGCGGCAGCGUUCCGGCUAAAAUGGGACGUGUUUCUGAGCUUCCGAGGCGAAGGCACCGGGAAUAACUUCACCGAUCUUCUCUACGACUCUCUCUUCUCCAAUGAGAUCCGAGUGUUUAGAGACAACGAUGGAAUGAAUCGGGGCGAUGAGAUAUCUCCGAGUUCGCUCGAAGCGAUGGAGGACUCGGCGGCGGUUGUUGCUGUUAUCUCGCCGAAUUAUGCAUCCUCGCAGCGGUGCCUGGAGGAGCUGGCCAGAAUUUGCGAGUUAAGGAAAUUGUUGCUCCCCGUGUUCUUCCAAGUAGACCCGUCGGACGUGAGGAGGCAGAAAGGGCCAUUUAAGGAAGCUAUUGAGGGUUUGGAGGCAAAGUGUGGAGUAGAGAAAGUGAAGAGAUGGAGGAAUGCCAUGGAAAGAACUGGAGGAAUUUCUGGUUGCGUUUACAACAGCUGAUAUAUCAUCGGGGACGACGAUUGGCAGUGCUAAAGGGUGUGAGGAACUCCACUAUUUUGAAGAAACUGAAGUGGGUAAAUGUUAAACUGAAACUUGUAAUUCUAUGUUGGCCUCUAGGGAUAUUGAUGUUCUGUUAUAGCAUUAUAGACUAGGCCACCCGAACUUGCAAUAUUUAAAACAUGCCUUUCCUUCUAUCUUCUUGAAUAAAACCAUUGUUGAUUUUCAAUGUGAAAUUUGUGAAUUUGCAAAAUAUUACCGCACUAUUUAUCCAAAGUCCACAUAUAAGCCAUCAAAACUAUUUACCAUAAUUCACAACGAUCUAUGGGGUGCCUCACGGAUUCCUAAUCGCACUCACACAAAAUGGUUCGUCACAUUUAUAGAUGAUCACAAUCGAGUAUGUUAGGUCUAUCAAAUAAAAGAAAACCCGACGUACUUUCCAUAUUCAUCAAAAUUCACAAAAUGAUUCAAACACAAAUUCGGAUCCUACGUACUGAUAAUAUAACUGAAUACUUCAAUACCUCCCUACGAGAUUAUCUGCAAGAACAUGGGAUUGUCCACCAAACUCAUGCGUCGAGACUCCCUAGCAAAAUGGGAUUGCCGAACGAGAAAAUCGACACAUACUUGAAGUUACCCAUACCAUAAUGUUCACUCCAAAUAUGCCAAAGAUAUUUUGAGGGAUGCUGUCUUAACAUCAACAUCUCUUAUCAACCGAAUGCCUAGUCGCAUACUUUCCCUCGAAUCACCUAUGCAAAAACUCAAGAAUUCUUUUCCCCAUUCUCGUCUAAUUCCUAACAUAUCCCUCUAAGGUGUUUGGUUGAAUUGCCUUUGCUCACAGUCAUUCCCAUAAUCGAGGAAAACUUGAUCCCUGUGCCUUUAAAUGUCUUCAUUGGAUACUCGCCCACUUAGAAAUGUUACAAAUGCUAUGAUCCAUCAACACGGAAAACAUAUGUUAGUCUGGAUGUCACGUUUUUUGAAAAGACACCUUCACAAAAACUUCUCUUCAGGGAGAGAAGCCUAGUGAAGAUAGGUUCUUAAAUCUUAAUACCUGCCCUAGGAAUAUCGAAAUCUCAUCCCCAAAGAACAUCGAAAUCUCACCUUCAAAACCUAAUAUGCCAUAUAUAGAGGAAAAUAUGAACUAAUGGGGAGAUUUAGGAGUACAAAAUGACACGGAGAUGCCAGUUCACUCACGGAAGCUAAAAUCAAGGUAUUAGGAGAAUCUCACACUUGAAGUGCCAAAAGAAUCAGAACCGAUGAUAGCUUCAGACCUAGCUCCAGAUUCCCAUGAAUUUGAAUCUUCAGAUACCGAUCUAUCUAUUGCACUCAGAAAACAAACUCGGUAAUGUACUUUCCACCCUAUCUUAAAAUUCAUAUCUUAUAAUACUCUAUAUACAGGGUUCCGCACUUUUACAUCCAAUCUUGACAGUACUGAAAUUCUAAGGAGCGUUCAAGAAGCUUUGAAAAUUCCCAAAUGGAGAGAAGUAGUGAUGGAGGAAAUGUGGGCAUCGGAGAAAAAUGAAACUUGGGAUGUGAUGGAUCUAUUGAGAGGAAAAAACCUAUAGGAUGUAAUGGGUCUUCAAUCUAAAGUAUAAAGCAGAUGAAACAAUAAAAUGAUAUAAAGCUCAGCUGGUUGCAAAAGGAUACCUUUAAACAUAUGGUAUUGACUACAUAGAGACAUUUGCACCAGUAGCCAAACUAAAUACCAUCAGAGUUUUUGUCCUUAGCAGCUAAUUUGGAUUGGGCUCAACUGGUUGCAAAAGGAUACACUCAAAUUUGGAUUGGCCUCAACUCAGCUGGUUGCAAAAGGAUGCACUCAAACAUAUGGUAUUGACUACACCUCUACAUUUGUACUAGAAGCCAAACUAAAUACCAUCAGAGUUUUUGUCUUUAGCAGCUAAUUUGGAUUGGCCUCUAUAACAACUUGACAUUAAAAAUGCAUUUCUCAAUGGGGAACUAGAAAAAUAAGCCUUUAUGUCUCUUACCACCAAGAUUUGAAAAAGGGGGUGAGGAGACUUAGGUGUGUAAACUUAAGAAAUCAUUGUAUGGCCUCAAACAGUCACCCAGGCCUGGUUUGAUAGAUUUGUAAAGGUGUUGAAAGACCAAGGUUAUCAACAGGGAAUAUCAGAUUAUACCAUGUUUUUCCAACAUUCAAAAAAUGGAACAAAGACCAUUUUAAUCGUAUAUGUAGAUCGCAUAAUCCUAAUGGGAGACAAUAUAAGCGAGAUGGGAAUAUUCAAGAAAUGUCUAGCAACAGAAUUUGAAGUAAAAGAUCUUGGACAAAUCUGGUAUUUCUUAGGGAUGGAAGUGGUAAGAUCAAAAAAGGGUAUCAGCGUCUCGCAACGAAAAUACAUUCAUGAUCUCCUAACAGAAACAGACAUGCUGGGAUGUUAACCAAGUGACAUACCUAUUGAUACAAGAAGGAAAAUAGUAGAUGAUGGAGACCCCGUUCAGAAGGACAAACAUUAGAGACUUGUCAGAAAAUUGAUCUAUCCCACACUAGACCCAACAUUGGCUUUUCGGUAAAUGUGGUAAACCAACAUAUGCACUCACCAAAACAUAUUCAUAUGAAAGCAGUAUAUAGAAUCCUCAGAUGUCUUAAAGGGACACUUAAAAAAGGAUUGUUCUUCAAGAAGAAUGAAAACAAGAAAGUAAAAGUCUUCACGGAUGCGGAUUGGAUAGGUUCAACAGACGAUAGAAGAUCAACUACUGAUUAUUGUACCUUUGUAUGGAGAAACUUUGUAACCUAGAGGAGUAAAAAGCAAAAUGUAGUGGCGAGAAGUAGUGCCUAAACUGAAUUUAGAGCAGUUGCACAAGGGAUAUACAAAUGACUAUGGUUGAAGAAGCUUUUGGAAGAAUUAUGGGCCACGGUAAAACUUUCAAUGAAGCUCUACUGUGAUAACAAAGCUGCAAUAAACAUUUCCCUUAAUCACGUUUAACAUGAUCGAACCAAACAUGUAGAAGUGGAUAGACAUUUCAUCAAAAAAAAUGUUGAAGAUGAAAUCAUUUGGAUGACCUACAUCCCUACUAGAGAACAAAUUUUGACAUAUUCACCGAAGGACUAUCUAUGCAAAGUUUUGCUGAUUUUGACCACAAAUUGGAAAUUGUCAACAUUUACCAUCCAACUUGAGGGAGGAGUGUAGAAAACGUGUGUAUUAGUGGAUUGAUACUUAGUGCUAUAUUUAGUCUAGUUCUUUCCUUCUAUUGGUAGUCACUUAGAUAAAUUAGGAAGUUCCUCUUUCUUCUCCUAAAUUAGGAGAUUCUUUUCCUUUUCUUCUUCUCAAUAUUGUACUAUUAAUAGAGUUGUAUAUUUCACUAUUGAAUAUGAAUUGAAGAACCUCCUUUCUUCAUAUAGACGGAUUAUUUUCCAAAUGGAAUAUAAGUCAAGAGCCUAGCCAAUUAAAAUAUAAAAAAACUAUUGAUAGUAUCAUUGAUUCUAUCAAUCUAGUGAAAACGAUGUGCUCCAUUAAUGUUGGUUCACAAAACUCUAAAUCGAGAAAAUUUAGUCAAGAGCCUAGUGAAUUACACUAAUGAAAAUCAAAAAGGCAAUUGAGACUAUCGAUUCCAUUAAACUAAGUAAGACGGGAUAAGAAAAAGGAAGAGAAAAA